CAUGUGUCAGGCCGUAUAAAACAGGCUGCAGGCGGCCUCGGCCGGAGACAGACGCGCAGUUCACCGUGACAAAACACACUGGGAGGGAGGCUGAGGGAAGCAUGGACCAGUAACUAUCAUCACCAUUACGCACUGGAUUUACGCUUUAUAUCGGACCAGAGGAGGAGUUUUGGUUGCCUUUUCUUUUUUUUUUAAAUCUGCGCUAUAAACUCCCACAAGUUCAGUUUGUUUUUCCUUCAAGUUCGGUUUUGGGAUUUAUCCUCUUUGGUUCCUCGGGAGAUGAAUCCCAGCAGCGGGGCGAGCAGCGACAGCGGUUGACUGAGACAACACAAACGAGCUCAAUGCAUCUUCCUCAAGGGGACUGAACAGGGAGCCAACAAGUCCCCAUACGUUUUACUUUAUUUAUUCCUUAUUUAUUAUGUAUUUAUUAAACAUGGGACGCGUUAUUCUGCUGACUCUCACCGUCAUGUUCAUGUUGUUGUGCCAGGGGUUCUGUUCGGGAGUUUUUGAGCUGAAGCUGCAGGAGUUUCUAAACAAGAAGGGGGCUCAGGGGAACAAGAACUGCUGCAAAGGAGGCCUGACCUCCUCCUUCCAGCAGCAGUGCGAAUGUAAGACUUUCUUCAGGAUCUGCCUCAAGCACUACCAGCCCAACGCCACGCCGGAGCCGCCGUGCACGUACGGCGGCGCCGUGACGCCCGUCCUGGGCUCCAACUCCUUCCAGGUCCCCGACGUCAUCCCGGAGAGCGCGUUCACCAACCCGGUCAGGAUAAACUUCGGCUUCACGUGGCCGGGGACCUUCUCCCUGAUCAUCGAAGCGUUACACACCGACUCCAAAGACGACCUCUCCACAGAGAAUCCAGAGCGCGUCAUCAGCACAAUGACCACCCAGAGGCAUCUGACGGUGGGAGAUGACUGGUCCCAGGACCUGCACACCGCAGGCCGGACCGAGCUAAAGUACUCGUACCGCUUUGUGUGCGACGAGCACUACUACGGGGACGGCUGCUCGGUGUUCUGCCGGCCCAGAGACGACGCGUUUGGGCACUUUACCUGCGGAGAACGGGGGGAGAUCGUGUGUGACGCCGGCUGGAAGGGCCAAUACUGCACGGAGCCGAUUUGUCUGCCGGGAUGCGACGAGGAGCACGGCUUCUGCGAGAAACCUGGCGAGUGCAAGUGCAGAGUGGGAUUCAAGGGACGCUACUGCGACGAGUGCAUUCGCUACCCGGGCUGCCUCCACGGGACCUGCCAGCAGCCCUGGCAGUGCAACUGUCAGGAGGGCUGGGGCGGGCUUUUCUGUAACCAAGAUCUGAACUACUGCACUCAUCACAAGCCGUGCAUGAAUGGAGCCACAUGCAGCAACACCGGCCAGGGCAGCUACACCUGUUCCUGCAGGCCCGGCUUCACUGGGGCCAGCUGUGAGAUCAAGGUCAACGAAUGUGCUGGAAACCCCUGCCGCAACGGGGGAAGCUGCACUGAUUCAGAAAACACAUAUAAGUGCAGUUGCCCUCAUGGUUUCUAUGGCAACAACUGCGAGUUAAGUGCCAUGACGUGUGCGGAUGGGCCUUGCUCCAACGGAGGCCGCUGCGCCGACAACCCUGAUGGAGGCUAUUUCUGCCAGUGCCCCACUGGAUACGCAGGAUUCAACUGUGAGAAAAAGAUUGACCACUGCACCUCCAGUCCCUGCUCCAACGGCGCCCGCUGUGUGGAUCUGGUCAACUCUUACCUGUGCCAAUGCCCAGAGGGUUUUGCUGGUAUGAACUGCGACCAGACAGGUGAUGUUUGCUCUGCCUAUCCUUGUCAAAAUGGCGGGACGUGCCAGGAGGGCCCCACCGGCUACACCUGCACCUGCCCACCCGGAUACACCGGCCGCAACUGCAGCUCCCCCAUCAGUCGCUGUGAGCACAACCCCUGCCACAACGGUGCCACCUGCCACGAGAGAAACAACCGCUACGUCUGCGCGUGUGUGUCCGGCUACGGAGGCAGGAACUGCCAGUUCCUGCUUCCGGAGCACGCCGCGAUCCGAGGGUCCGAAGUCCCCUGGAUGGCCAUCGGCUCCGGCGUGGCUAUGGUGCUCCUGCUGCUGGCCGGCUGCGCCGUGCUGGUUGGGUUUUUCCGAUCGAAAGCUCAGCAUAGCGUACAGGCGGAGAUGGGGGGCGAAGGAGAGACAAUAAAUAACCUCACCAACAACUGUCACCGCGGUGACAGGGACCUUGCUAUCAGCGUGAUGCCGAUGCCAGGCGUCAAAAACAUCAAUAAAAAGAUGGACUUCGGCAGCGGCGACCCGGAUGAAGAUUCUUCACCAGGAAGAAGCAGCUGCAAAAGCCGACAUCCACCUUCAGACUACAACCUGGUGCGGGAGGUGAACUACGAGCAGGCGGCCAAGGAGGCCAUGCUGGAGGCGGCCUGCGAGGACAAGUAUCAAUCCUUGGACUCGCUGGAGUUUGAAGAGAAACACAGCAAACGUUUAAAAUGCGAUGCAUCAGAAAAGAGAGCCCCAGAACUGUCUGCAUGUGCGGACACCAAGUACAAAUCUGUGUUUGUGAUGUCAGAGGAGAAAGACGAAUGUAUAAUUGCAACUGAGGUGUAAGACGCUACCAAUGGGCUGCCGGUUGCUCAUUUGCUCUAUGGGAGAGUUUUUAUGCUCCUUCAGAUGCUGCUCUAACCCUAGGGGGCGACGUCCCGCCUUGAGACUGCUGCUGAUACAGAGACGUUUAACUGAUAUUCAGAGUGAGCUGGUUCUCUACUGGUAACUAAGUGUAGGCAGCGGCGGCCUGUGGGAUAAGAACUGGCACGGUACAAAAUUUAAAAAAGUAAAAGUGAUGUAAAUGAGCUUUACAGUUGAACGUAAACUCUCAGUAAGCUUUCCAUUCUGCCUUUCAUUGGAGAUUAUAUGUAAGCAUUGGCAAUAAAGCAGGGGUGUCCAAACUUUUUGCUAAGUCGGCCAAAAUUGUAGACUCAAAAGUAGCAAUAAAAACAAAAAACUCAACCUAAAAUCAAUCAAAUAAAAUAGCCUGAUAUUUAUUAUAGAUCCAAAACCUGGAAGGGAAUUUUACAACGGUGCAUCAGGGCCUUUGUAGAUAAAAAUUAGGAGUAAAUUUCUGCCAAUAACUCAAAAUUUUUUUAGAAAAUUUUCAACAUUUGAAAUUCAGAAAUUUUUGUAGAAAAUUUCUAAUAUUAAUCUAGACAUUUUUUUUCUAGUAGCUAUAUUCAGAAAUUACUCUCAAAAUGUCUGAGAUUUUUGGCAGAAAUUUACUACUUUUUUCCCGCUAAUUUGGCCCUAAUACAAUGUAGCAGAUUUUGCAUAUUUGUAUUGAAAGAAAGUCAUUGAAUACAUUUGAAUACAUUUAUUUUCAGUAAUAAGAACAGGAUUUGGGUCACUUUGUUUCAAAACGUUUGCUAUUUUUAGCCAAGUUUAAGAAAUAAUAAAAGCUGAUCUUUUGUUAAAACUUUGUGUUACUUUACAUUUUCCUGUGUAAGAAGACUAAGUGGUGACUAUUUUCACCGUGGCUACAAAUUAAAAGUCUCCAUCUGCAUCUACGGGUCAAAUUUGUAUUAUUUUUGAAUUGCAGUUGGGGUCCGCACAAAAUCAGUCGAACGGCCACAAACGGCCCCCGGGGCCGCGCUUUGGACACCCCUGCAGUAGAGCAUGCUACAAGUUUUAUUUUAUGCAACAUUUGCAGCCGGGCCUUUUCUGCACCCCACAGGCUGCUACUGAUCGCAGGAACUGCAUCAAACGGUGGAUGUUUGGCCAUACUGGCCUGCUCUUCACAAGGCGCUUUAUGGGCUGUGCUCCCAUCGCUGCCAUAGUGAAGACUGUAUGUAUACUUGAUGUCUGUAUUAACUGAAGUGCGUUUUCUCCCCCUAAGCCCUCCAAACCAUUUAUAAUAUAGUAUUCUUUCAAAAAACAACAAAAAGUUUUUUUUUUUAUAAAUAAGAAAAGAAGAAAUUUCCUUUUGACACAGAUUGUCCUUUUUGUAAAAUAAACCCAAGAAAGUGUUAUGAUUUAAAAUUAUGAUUUAAUUUAUGUU